AUGCGCUUUGCGGCAAAGUCCUCCUUUACUCCACACACGCUUCUAAGCCUCGGCACAUCUCCUCACAUCGCUACUAACUACACUUUAUUCAUCCUCCGUGUCAGGAUAAACUCCACUCGUCUCAGUCAACUUUGGAGAUUAUUAGGCCCGCUUAGCUUGCUAGUUGUUUUAGCGCGCUAGUUAGCUCAGCGUACUAGUUAGCUUAGCUUGUUAGCUGCUAACAAAGCGACGCGGAUUUGAUCAACACAUCGCUUAGUUAAGAUCAAGUGUGAGUGUAAAGUGUUGUGAUUGUGUGAAAAUGUGCGAAAAGUGUUGUGAUUGUGUGAAAAUGUGUGAAAGAACGAUAGCAGAGUACAAAGACGAACUUUUUCGGACAAAAGAAGAGAACAAAAGACUACGUCAACUACUGGAGGCUGUUUUCAAGAAACCUCAAGUUGUGUUACACAGAACAGACGUCUGUGAAAUAUAUCGUCCACCUGAGCAGCAGGAGGGGUCCUCCAGUGUGGAGCAGAAGAGGUCACAGCACCUCCACGUGAAAGAAGAAGAGCCACAGUCCUCCCACAUUAAGAAGGAAGAGGAAUACCCACUUAUCCCCCAUUUUAAAAAGGAAGCGGAGGACCCACUGACACCCCAUUUUAAAGAGGAAGAGGAGGACCCACUGACACCCCAUUUUGAAGAAGUGGUGGAUCCACUAAGCCCUCACAUUAAGGAGGAAGAGGUGGACCCACUGACCCCUCACAUUGAGGAUGAAGAGGAGGACCCCCUGACCCCUCACAUUAAAGAGGAAGAGGAGGAACACAGCAUCAGUCAGCAGGGAGAUCAUCUUGAUGGACUGGAGGAGGUUGAUGUCACCAAGAUGCCAGUGACUGGUGUCCCUGUGAAGAGUGAAGAUGAUGAGGUCAAAGGUGAAAGUGAGGAGAAGAGAGAGGCGGAGCCUCCAAGCAGCAGCUCAACUCAACACAUGACAACAGAAGCUGAUGGAGACCACUGUGGAGGAUCACAAGCAGACAAGCUCUUAGCUCCACUAUCAGAUAGUGAGGACACAACGUCACACUCUCCUGACACUGAUGAUGAAGACUCUAAAGAUGAUAAGACAUGUCACACUGACAACACACACUUCACAUGUUCUCACUGCGAAAAAACCUUUAAAUACCAUAGUCGUCUGAUAGAACACAUGAGAAUACACACUGGAGAAAAACCUUUUUCGUGUUCAAUCUGCGGUAAAGCUUUUACGCAAAGGCCCAAUUUCCAAGCACACAUGAGAAUACACACUGGAGAAAAAAAAUUUUCCUGCUCAGAAUGUGGUAAAAGUUUUGUAAGAAAUGGAAAUUUGAAAUCACACAAGAGAACACACACUGGAGAAAAACCUUUUUCCUGCUCAGAAUGUGGUAAAAGUUUUGCAGUAAGUCAAAGUUUAAAAGAUCACAUGAGAACACACACUGGAGAAAAACCUUUUUCCUGCUCAGAAUGUGGUAAAAGUUUUCUAAUAAAUCAAAGUUUAAAACAACACAUGAGAAUACACACUGGAGAAAACCCCUUUUCCUGCUCAGAAUGUGGCAAAAGUUUUGUAAAAAAACAAAAUUUAAAAGUACACAUGAGAAUACACACUGGAGAAAAAACUUUUUCCUGCUCAGAAUGUGGUAAAAGUUUUGCAAAAAAUCAAAAUUUACAAGUACACAUGAGAAUACACACUGGAGAAAACCCUUUUACCUGCUCAGAAUGUGGUAAAAGUUUUCUAAUAAAUCAAAGUUUAAAAGUGCACAUGAGAACACACACUGGUGAAAAACCUUUUUCAUGUUCAAUCUGCGGUAAAGAUUUUACUCGAAGGGACAAUUUCAAAGCACACAUGAGAAGGCACUCUGGUGAAAAACCAUACUCCUGUUCAAGCUGCAACAAAAGUUUCCGUUACCUAUACACUCUUAGAGUACACAUGAGAACACACACAGGAGAGAAAGUGUUGAGUUGCAGUGUGUGUGGUGAAAGAUUCUCUUCUGAGUACCAGUGUAAGAAACACAAGUGUGCUAUCGCUAAGCAGAGAUCAAGUGUGAGUGUAAAGUGUUGUGAUUGUGUGAAAAUGUGCGAAAGAACGAUAGCAGAGUACGAGGAGGAACUUUGUCCAACAAAAGAGGAGAAGGAGCGACAACAUCAAAAACAUCAAGUUGUGUUAAACAGAACAGACAUCCAUCAGCUGAUUGAACACCAAGAAGAAUGUCUCCCUCAUCUGCAGGGGGACAGUUUCACUUUAGAGGAUCCACAGCCCUCACAUUUUAAAGGGGACGAGGAGGAUCCACAGCCCCCUUAUAUUAAAGAGGAAGAGGAGGGAGAGUGUCCUGUAGGGCAGGAGGAGGCUGAUCUCACCAAGUUUCCACUGACUGUUGUCUCUGUGAAGACUGAAGAGCAUGAAGACAAACCACCUGAGUCCUCACAGCUUCAUCACAGUCCAAACGUCUGGGAAGGACACCUUCACCCUGAGCAACAGAAGUGGAGUUUCAGGAUGCGGACGGAGGAGCCACAGCCCUCCCACAUUAAGAAGGAAGAGGAAUACCCACUUAUCCCCCAUUUUAAAAAGGAAGCGGAGGACCCACUGACACCCCAUUUUAAAGAGGAAGAGGAGGACCCACUGACACCCCAUUUUAAAGAAGAAGUGGUGGAUCCACUAAGCUCUAACAUUAAGGAGGAAGAGGAGGACCCACUGAGCCCUCACAUUAAAGAGGAAGAGGAGGAACACAGCAUCAGUCAGCAGGGAGAGCAUCUUGAAGGACUGGAGGAGGUUGAUGUCACCAAGAUGCCAGUGACUGGUGUCCCUGUGAAGAGUGAAGGUGAUGAGGUCAAAGGUGAGAGUGAGGAGAAGAGAGAGGCGGAGCCUCCAAGCAGCAGCUCAACUCAACACAUGACAACAGAAGCUGAUGGAGACCACUGUGGAGGAUCACAAGCAGACAAGCUCUUAGCUCCACUAUCAGAUAGUGAGGACACAACGUCACACUCUCCUGACACUGAUGAUGAAGACUCUAAAGAUGAUAAGACAUAUCACACUGACAACACACACUUCACAUGUUCUCACUGCGACAAAACUUUUAAGUACCAUAGUCGUCUAAAAACACACAUGAGAAUACACACUGGAGAAAAACCUUUUUCAUGUUCAAUCUGCAGUAAAGGUUUUAUUCGAAGGGACAAUUUAAAUAAACACAUGAAAAUACACACUGGAGAAAAAAAAUGUUCAUGUUCAAUCUGCGGUAAAAAUUUUAUUCGAAGGGACAAUUUAAAUAAACACAUGAAAAUACACACUGGAGAAAAACCUUUUUCAUGUUCAAUCUGUGGUAAAGAUUUUACUCGAAGGGACAGUUUCAAAUCACACAUGAGAUCACACACUGGAGAAAAACCUUUUUCAUGUUCAAUCUGCGGUAAAGAUUUUGCUGAAAGCAACCAUUUAAAAUUACACAUGAGAAUACACACUGGAGAAAAACCUUUUUCAUGUUCAAUCUGCGGUAAAGAUUUUACCCAAAGGGACCAUUUCAAUGCACACAUGAGAAUACACACUGGAGAAAAACCUUUUUCAUGUUCAAUCUGCGGUAAAGAUUUUAUUAAAAGGGACCAAUUAAAUAAACACAAGAGAACGCACUCUGGUGAAAAACCAUACUCUUGUUCAAGCUGUCACAAAAGCUUUCGUCACCCAAAAUCUAUUAAAGCACACAUGAGAACACACACAGGAGAGAAAGUGUUGAGUUGCAGUGCGUGUGGUGAAAGAUUCUCUUCUGAGUACCAGUUUAAGAAACACAAGUGUGCUGGUGAGAACAGCAGCAGCAAGUGAAGAUGCAGGAUUUGAAAUAAACUGUCAAACUUUAACUUUGAUUUUCUAACAUCAGCACAUAUAACAUGUGUGACAUCAUUGUUGUGUGUGUGACACCAUCUUGUUAAUAUGAUUCUAACAUUUAUAGAUUAGACACUUCAGAUUAGUGCUUUUAUUUCAGUCAAGUACAUGAGUUAAUAUACACAUUUGUGUACUUUAAAAUGAACAGAACAAUUUGACUGAAAAGGUGAGAAUAAACAGUACAUAAAAUAUGUUACAUACAGUAAACAUUUUAAGUGUAGAUAUUCAUAAUUCACUUUUAUACUAAAUAAUGACGUGUUACAUAUUUUAUUUUCUAAUUGUAGAUGAUUCCAUAGAUGAACUCCUUUAAAUGAUGUACAUGUUUGUUUAACAUGUGUUCAUACCUUUUCAAGGUUCAAUCCCUCUUAGUUCAUAUUUACUGGUUCACAUCUGAAACAUCUUCUGGACCACUUCUGGAAGCAUAUUAUUAUUUACUUUAUACAUCAUUUGAGCAGUUGUCUUUUAUACAAGAUCAUUUACUUUUAAAAUGUGUGACUUUAUGAAUCAUUUGUUGGGUCUCUAUAAUCCAUUCUAUUAAUUGUCUUUAUUACUCUCUUGUGUAAUAUGAAUAUUGUUGUGUGAUUGUUUUAUAUGUAUGUCCCCAGACAUUUAUGCAAUAAACAAUGUAUGCUUCA